GGACGAGUCUCUUCCCGGUGCCGGGCUUGACCGCCAUUAGGGCUCCGAAAUCCCUCCACCGGGGCCUGAGAUCGGCCCUUCGCCGGAGUUUGGAUCUCUGUCUUUUUCGUCCUCUCUCCCUUCAGACAAUCAGUUCCUCGAUUGCGUAGCAUGUCGAAGGACAUGACGAGCAUGGCGGAGAGGCUACGGAUAAGGUCCGGGAGGAAGCCCCUCUACAACGACGACGAUGUCUUUGACGAGUACAUGGAGCCCGUCACGGAUGGACGGUCAUCUCACUCCGACAAGCGCCAGUCGAAGGUUCUCAGAGACGACGCGAAGGAGGAUUCUUGUCAGGCUUGUGGAGGAAAUGGGCAGCUGGUCUAUUGUUAUACUUGCACUUAUUCCUACCAUCUUAAGUGUUUACUCCCACCUCUUAAAAUUGCACCUGAAGGAAGUUGGAGCUGCCCAGAAUGCGUCAAUCCUUUAAGUGAAAUUGAUAAGAUAUUGGACUGUGAAAUGAGGCCUUAUGGGAGCAACGAAACCGAUGAUUCUAAGGAGGUGUCAAAGCAGAAGUUUGUCAAACAAUACCUAGUAAAAUGGAAAAGAUUAUCUUACUUGCACUGUUCAUGGGUGCCAGAUUCAGAAUUUCAAAAGGCUUUCAAAUCAAAUCCAAGGUUGAGGACGAAGUUAAACAAUUUUCAUCGCCAGAUGGAUUUGAAUGGUUCAGAUGAGGACUGGGUGGCCAUACGACCUGAGUGGACAACUGUGGAUCGAAUACUUGCUACCAGGAAGGGAAGUGGUGAACGUGAGUAUCUUGUGAAAUGGAAGGACCUUCCAUAUGAUGAAUGUUAUUGGGAAGUUGAAUCAGACAUAUGUGCAUUUAAGCUGCAACUUGAGAGAUUUAAUUCAAUAAAUGAUAGGAAGCUUAAAUCAUCUUUUGCCAAGUCAAAAAGCUCCACACGAGAUGGAAAAGAUUCAAAACGCAAACAAAGCUCAUUUAAACAGUAUGAAGAGAGUCCAAAGUUUCUUACUGGAGGAUCAUUACAUCCCUAUCAACUUGAAGGGUUGAAUUUUUUACGGUUUUCUUGGGCUAAACAAACUCAUGUGAUACUUGCUGAUGAGAUGGGCCUUGGAAAGACUAUACAAAGUAUUGCAUUCCUGGCAUCACUUUUUGAAGAAAAGAUGUUUCCUCAUUUGGUUGUGGCACCUCUCUCUACACUGAGGAACUGGGAACGUGAAUUUGCAACUUGGGCACCACAUAUGAAUGUGGUCUUGUAUGUUGGUUCUGCUAAUGCACGUAGUGUCAUAAGGCAACACGAGUUUUACUUUCCUAAAAGCAAGUUGAAGAAGCUGAAGAAGAAAAGGAAAUCCACAGGUGUCACCAAAAACAAGCAGGACAUGGUGAAAUUUGAUGUUCUCCUAACAUCAUAUGAGAUGAUUAACAUGGACACUGUUUCUUUGAAGCCAAUAAAGUGGGAGUGCAUGAUCGUAGAUGAGGGUCACCGGCUAAAGAACAAAGAUUCAAAGCUGUUCAACUCAUUGAAGCUUUACUCAACUAACCACCGGGUACUCCUAACUGGGACUCCUUUACAGAAUAACUUGGACGAGCUAUUUAUGCUGAUGCAUUUUCUUGAUGCUGGGAAGUUUGCAAGCUUAGAGGAGUUCCAGGAAGAGUUCAAGGACAUUAAUCAAGAGGAACAAGUUGCUAGGCUUCACAAAAUGCUAGCACCUCAUCUACUUCGGAGAGUCAAGAAGGAUGUUAUGAAGGACCUUCCUCCAAAGAAGGAGCUAAUUUUACGUGUUGAAUUAAGUGCCGUUCAGAAAGAAUACUAUAGAGCUGUUCUUACACGUAACUAUCAGGUCUUAACUCGAAAAGGCGGUCCCCAGCUUUCACUUAUAAACGUGGUGAUGGAGUUGCGAAAAAUAUGUUGCCACGCUUAUAUGAUAGAAGGAGCAGAGCCUGAUGUCAAGGAUGAGAGUGAAGCCUACAGAAAACUAUUGGACUCUUCUGGUAAAUUGCACUUGUUGGACAAGAUGAUGGUAAAGCUUAAAGAGCAAGGCCACAGAGUCCUCAUUUACUCGCAGUUCAGACACAUGCUUGACAUACUGGAAGAUUACAUGAGUUACAAGAAUUGGAGCUAUGAGCGGAUUGAUGGCAUGAUUAGUGGAGCAGAUCGGCAGAUCCGCAUAGAUCGUUUUAAUGCCAAAAACUCAACAAGAUUCUGUUUUUUGCUUUCUACAAGAGCUGGUGGACUUGGCAUAAACCUUGCGACUGCAGAUACUGUAAUAAUAUAUGACAGUGAUUGGAAUCCACAUGCCGAUCUUCAGGCAAUGGCUAGGGCUCAUCGACUUGGACAGACUAACAAGGUAAUGAUUUAUAGGCUUGUUACACGAGGAACAAUUGAAGAGCGAAUGAUGCAGAUGACAAAGAAGAAAAUGGUUUUAGAACAUCUGGUUGUGGGACGGCUAAAGAACCAAAUGCUAAACCAGGAAGAGUUGGAUGACAUCAUACGAUAUGGAUCAAAAGAGUUAUUUGCUGACGAAAAUGAUGAAAGUGGCAAGUCACGCCACAUACAUUAUGAUGAUACUGCAAUUGAUAGGUUGCUUGAUCGUGAACAAGUUGGUGGUGAAGAGGCUUCAGUUACCGAAGAUGAAGAUGAUGAAUUCCUGAAAGCUUUCAAGGUUGCGAACUUUGAAUACAUAGACGAAGUGGAAGCUGCUGCAGCCAACGAAGUAGAAGCCAGGAAACAGGCUGAAGCAAAUGCCUCUGCAGUCAGCAGUUCUGAUAGAGCAAGUUACUGGGAAGAGUUGCUGAAAGAUAGAUAUGAUGUGCAUCAAGUUGAAGAGUUCACUGCUUUGGGCAAGGGGAAACGCAGUCGAAAACAGAUGGUAUUGGCUGAGGAUGAUGAUCUUGCUGGUUUGGAAGAUGUUACUUCAGAUGCUGAGGAAGAUGAAGCAGAAUGGAUGGACAGUGAGUCAUUUCCAUCUCGAAAUGCACAAGCUAGAAAAAUACAUGGAUCAAGGAAGAAACAUCGUGUUGAUGUGGAUUCACUUCCUCUUAUGGAUGGUGAAGGAAAAUCUUUCAGAGUUCUGGGAUUCAACCGGCUACAACGGGCUGCGUUUGUUCAAAUACUAAUGAGGUUUGGCCUUGGAGAAUAUGAUUGGCGCGAGUUUGUCCCUAGGUUAAAGAAUAAAUCUUUGGAGGAGAUUAAAGAAUAUGGCAAACUCUUUCUUACACACAUUUCUGAAGAGAUAACGGAUUCGCCAUAUUUUUCAGAUGGUGUUCCAAAAGAAGGAUUAAGAAUAUCAGAUGUGCUUGUUAGAGUUGCCAUUUUACAGUUAAUCGGAGACAAGGUGAAGCUGUUGUCUGAGAAGCUUGGAGCUCCACUUUUUUCUGAAGACGUCUUGUCACGGUUUCCCGGAUUGAUGAACGGUAGAGUCUGGAAGGAGGAGCAUGAUUUGUGCGUACUGCGUGCUGUAAUGAAGCAUGGCUAUGGGAGAUGGCAAGCUAUUAUAGAGGAUAGGGAGCUUGGGAUCCAAGAAAUUGUCUGCCAAGAACAAAACCUUCCCUAUUUGAACAGUUCGACUAUGGGCAAUGUCCUAGGGCAAGAAGGUGCACAUUUUCCUAAUUCUGGUGUUACUAAAGCCAAUGGUCCCGGGGUUGUCUCUGAAGCAGCUAUGGAGGAUAUCCAAGAAAAUACAAAAGGGAAUCAAUUGCAGCAAGAGAGCUAUGUGUUGUCAGAAAGCCAGAUUAUUCAUUUUAGAGAAGUGCAACGGAGACUUGUUGAGUUUGUCAAAAAGAGGGUUAUUCUCUUGGAGAAAGCCCUUAGCUUAGAAUACCAGAAGACACUUUUUGAUGGUAGGACAUGUGGAUCUGCCAACGAAGAAAUUGAACUUGACCCCAAAGUCAAUGUUGAGGCUCCAUUGUCGGCAGAUACUCCCAGUCCAAAUUCUUUUGAUGGUGAUCUACCUGUGUACAGUUCUUUAUCAGUUUUAGAGCCGAUUGGCGCUAUAGAAAUUCUUGGAGCAGCCUGUAAUAGUGAACCAAAUCGUUUUGUUUUGCCUCGUCUUUAUAAUGAGAUGUGUAAAUUGCUAAAUGACAAUGAACAUGAUGCGGUCCAAGCAUACAUUGGAAACAAGUCUGCAGCUUCAAGGUUAAGAAAAAACAUGCGCCAGCUGGAUGCUACUUGUGAAGAAGUGUUUCGGAUACUAUCUGUGCAACAAACAUCUUCACACGGUGGACCAAAUAUGGAGUCCAAUGGAUUAUUUCGUUCCGAGGAAAGUCAGCGUGUUACGAGCGCUAGUGCUUCGUCAGGUGUUGCUGCUGAUGCAUCAUGUCCAGAGUCCAAGUUUGAUGAAUCAAAUUUGGCUAGAAAACGGUCUGACAAUUCAGCAUCCCAAACAACUUCAACCUUGUCAUCACCACCUGCAGAAAGCACAGAAGCGGCACAGGCAGGUCGCUCAACAGAAGCAGCACAGAUUCCUCCCUCAACAGAAGCACGGGCUCCUCCCUCAACAGAACUUCCUCAAACUGACAAGCCGGCACCUCAUCCGGAACAUUCACAUACUCCUAUGGAGAUAAAUAAUGUGAAGAGCUCACCAACCAGGAAAGAUUCUGGCGCCCUGCAGAACGAGAAGGCUGCACAGCCAGGUAGCAAUGUUGUUGUUCUCGAUAACUGAGUUCCAGCAACAUUUUUGUGGUCAUAUAAUUUUUUGGUGUAUAUGUACAACAGUGGGCAUUCCCUGAUUCCCCUUUUGGUCAUGGGGCCUACCAUUUACUGCCAUCUUUGUCUCAUCAAAAUGAAAUCAGCCUGUUAACAUGUUAA